AAUCUUAAAGCUUUUCAUUUAAUCUUCGGAGCCCUCUAAUGGCGGAUCAGAGCAAGAACACUCCACAGAUCUUCGAGCUCAACAAUGGCACCAUGCAGGUCAAGAUCUCAAACUACGGUACCACCAUCACCUCCUUGUCUGUUCCCGACAAGAAUGGGAAAUUGGCUGAUGUAGUUCUCGGAUUCGACUCGGUGGAUCCAUAUGUGAAAGGGCUUGCACCAUACUUUGGGUGCAUAGUUGGUCGUGUGGCAAAUCGGAUCAAAGAGGGAAAAUUUAGUCUCAAUGGAGUUAACUACACUUUGCCCAUCAACAAGCCUCCCAAUAGUCUCCACGGUGGGAACAAGGGAUUCGAUAAGAAGAUAUGGGAAGUUGCAGGGCACAAGAAAGACGGCGAAAAACCUUUCAUUACUUUCAAAUACCACAGUGCUGAUGGGGAAGAAGGUUACCCUGGUGCGGUUUCUGUCACGGCGACAUACACUCUCACGUCAGCCACGACAAUGAGACUUGACAUGGAAGCUGUUCCAGAGAACAAAGACACUCCCAUCAGCUUAGCUCAGCAUACAUAUUGGAACUUGGCGGGUCAUGACUCAGGAAACAUUCUGGACCAUAAGAUUCAGAUUUGGGGGUCUCAUAUCACACCGGUUGACGAAUACACAGUUCCUACAGGGGAGAUCUUGCCGGUAAAGGGAACUCCUUUCGAUUUCACUGAGGAGAAACGGAUAGGCGAGUCUAUUGGAGAGGUUGGUAUCGGAUAUGAUCACAACUACGUGUUGGACUGUCCUGAUCAAGAGAAGGAGGGGCUGAAACACGCAGCAAAGCUCAGCGACGGUGCAAGCUCAAGGGUACUGAACUUGUGGACUAAUGUGCCGGGAAUGCAGUUUUAUACCGGGAACUAUGUGAAUGGAGUGGUUGGGAAAGGGAAUGCGGUUUAUGGAAAACAUGCGGGUGUGUGCCUUGAGACGCAGGGGUUCCCGAACGCGAUUAACCAGUCGAAUUUCCCGUCUGUUGUGGUUAAAGCUGAAAUGGCUUCUUUACCGUUCGGAGUUUCGAAUCUAUGCAGAAAUCAGGAGGUUCUGUCCGCAGCUGUACGGAUUCGUCCGGUUGGGCGACAAACCACAGGAUUCAGAGCUGCGAAGAAAGUCUUAUAUAGAUUCGAGGGACAUGGAUUGUCAUCAUCAGUAGAAGUGAGAGAGAAACAAAGAAUGAGAUGUAGAGUUAGCUCAAACUCUACUGAAACUGAAGACGAAUCUGCCACAAAGACCAAGACGACGCCGUUUGGUUACACGAGGAAAGAUGUUAUAUUGAUAGGAGUGGGAGUGACUGCACUUGGUAUCGGCCUAGAGAGUGGACUUGAGUAUGUGGGAGUAGAUCCGUUGCAAGCAGGGAAUGCUGUGCAGCUGAUACUGGUGCUGGGUUUGACUUUGGGUUGGAUUUCAACUUAUAUCUUCAGAGUCGGUAACAAGGAGAUGACUUAUGCCCAGCAACUUCGUGACUACGAGUCUCAAGUCAUGCAGAAACGGCUGGAGAGCUUAUCAGAGGCAGAGUUAGAGGCAUUGAUGGCACAGGUUGAUGAAGAGAAGACCAAGGUUGAGUAGGUUCUCUGCCCCAUUGUGUUCCAUCACCUGCAAAAGUUUGUGAAACAAAGAACAGCACAGGCUUUCAUAGUAAAAAUCCAGAAAUUAU